AUGCACCAGUCUGCUAAGCAAUUGCCUCGCCAAUUCCACAGCUCAAGCAGACCGACCAUGUCCAAGUCGGCGCCGCAAGAUAUCGAAUCCUCACGGAAGCGCAUACUGAACUCCAGCAUAUCCCCCGACAGAGCUUCGAACAUUGAUGGCCAAACUCUUCAAGAAACAGGCAAUGUGCAAGAGCUGGCCAAAAACUUCAGUUUGUGGUCUUUGGCUGGGACCGGUAUUCUCGUUGGCAACGUCUGGCCUGCUCUUGGAGGCUCCAUCCUGGUUGCCAUCUACAACGGCGGACCUCCAGGCGUACUCUAUGAGUUCAUGGUCGCCUCCUGCUUCUACUUCAUAGUGGCGGCAUCCUUAGCCGAGCUAGCUUCAAGUAUGCCGUCCUCUGCAGGACCUUACCUCUGGGCUUCUGUCACACCUGGAAAGAAGUAUGGCCGAUCUGUUGGGUUCUUCGCAGGAUGGUGGAAUGUACUCGCUUGGAUUUUUGCAGCUGCCUCGAUGAGCGCUAUUUGUGCGAAUGUGAUGGUGCAGAUGUACGCUUUUUCCCAUCCGUCGUUGCUGGUCAAGAGCUGGCACGUCUUUGUGGCCUAUCUCCUCAUCACCUGGAGCUGUUGUGCAGCCGUAUGUUUCUUCAACAGAUUCAUGCCGAUGCUGAACAAGCUUGGCAUCUUUGUGACGGUUGCCGGAGCGCUCGUUACAAUCUUGGUGUGCGCCAUCAUGCCUUCUUUGAGUGGAAGGGCUGGGCAUGCCAGCAGCCAGACUGUCUGGUCAAGCUGGACAGCCGAUCUAGGAUACCCCGACGGAUUUGUUUUCGUUGCCGGUAUGCUAAACGGAUCUUAUGCAAUGGGCACGCCGGAUUCUACCAGCCACCUGUCCGAGGAGAUACCGGAGCCAUCGAAGAACGUCCCAAAGGCCAUCGCGAUGCAAUAUGUGAUUGGCCUUGUGUCCGGACUGGCAUACUUGAUCGCAAUCCUGUACGCCAUAAAUGAUUACGACGCCCUUUUCACAUCGCCGUUUCCCAUUGCGGAGAUCUAUCACCAAGCAACAAACAGCACCUCCGGGACCAUAGGUCUGCUGACUUUACUUCUUCUCCCCACCAUCAUCUGCGUUGUCACGCUCUACAUAACGUGUGGUCGCACACUAUGGGCGCUUUCACGGGACGGAGCGACACCGUUUCCAGGCUUCCUCGGCCACGUCAAUCCAAAGCUGGGCCUUCCUGCAAAUGCAACCCUGAGUUGCUGUGCACUGGUGACCGUCUUGGGAUGUAUCUACGUCGGCAGCGUCACUGCUUUCAAUGCCUUCGUGGGAAGCUUCGUUCUGAUGUCGACCUCCUCAUAUAUCGCCUCACUUUUACCAUUCCUGCUACGCGCCAGGCAAGGUAUCGAGUUUGGUCAUUUCCGCCUCCCCCAGAGCCUCGGUUUCAUCUUCAACUUUGUGGCCUGUGCAUUCAUGACGGUUUGGUUUGUCAUUUACUGCUUCCCAUACAGCCUACCGACCAAUGCGCAGACGAUGAAUUAUUCAAGUCUCAUCUGGGGAGGUCUGACAAUUCUGAUCGGACUAUGGUGGCUUUUGUAUGCCAGAUCCACAUACCCGGGCGUUGUGGUACCUCCUUCACAGGCGUCAAAUAUGGUAGAAAUGAGAUGA